AGAAAUUAGAUAUUCUAACAAAAUAUUUACGUGAAAAGUACUUUUAUUGUAUUUGGUGUGGUGUAUUAUUUGAAGAUGAAAAUGAUUUAAGGGAUAAUUGUCCAGGAUGUACAAGAAAUGUUCAUUAGAAAAUACGAGUUACAUAUGAGAGAAAAUGUUUUACCAAAGGCAGAUAUUAGAAGAUGAAAAUUGUGAAACAUUACAAUCAGAAAUUCAUAUUACUAAAGAUGAAUAUGAUGAGGUUGGACAUAUAAAAAGAACAUGCAGUGGUGAUAUAUCAGUUACUAAGUGUGAAGGAUUUUGUACCUCACAAGUACAACCAAGUGUUAUUACUGCCACUGGUUUUGCUAAGGAAUGUUAUUGUUGCCGUGAAAGUUAUUUGAAGGAGAGACUUGUUAUUUUAAAUCAAUGCUAUGAUGCAGAUGGAAUAAAGUUAAUGAACAAUGAAGAUGGAGUCAUGGAAAUAAAAUUGCGAGAGCCAGCAGAAUGCAAGUGUAUAAAAUGUGGAAAUUUUUCCAGAUGAAAUUUGACAAUGAAAUAAACUUAAAUUGAGGCAAAGUUGUGAUAAAAAUAACGAAUUAAAAAUGUGGAGAUACUUGUACCACUGCUUACAAUAAAUUAUAUUCAUAAAAAUA